UCAAAGCUUCUUCAUUGGAGAAGACCAUUCGAGACCUGAAAGAGAAUGAUUGAUCGCUUCAUGGAAUUAUUUUGAGAUAAGAGGUGUUCUUAGGGUUUUGUGAUUGUAUCCAACGAUGGAAGGGGAAGAAGACACCAAGGCGGGUUCUGGCGUGCCAAAAAAGAAAAUGGCGAAACAGCUAACCGGAAAACGCGAAGACACUCUGCUUCAUUCAGCCGUGAGAAGCGGAAACAAAGACAAAGUUGUUGAGAUUCUUACGAAAACCAGAGAGUCUGAGUUGAAUGAGCUGUUGGGGAAACAGAACCAAUCAGGCGAAACCGCACUCUAUGUUGCAGCAGAGUAUGGUGAUGUAGAUAUUGUCAAGGAGAUGAUCAACUGCUAUGAUCUUUCUCUCGUUGAGAUCAAAGCAAGGAACGGAUUUGAUGCUUUCCACAUUGCUGCAAAGCAAGGAGAUCUCGAUGUGUUGAAGGUUUUGGCAGAGGCUCAUUCAGAGCUAGCGAUGACUGUGGAUCUAUCGAAUACAACAGCAUUGCACACAGCGGCAACACAAGGACACACUGAAGUGGUAAACUUUCUAUUGGAAUUGGGAAGCAGCCUUGCUGGAAUUGCCAAGAGCAACGGUAAGACGGCCCUGCACUCUGCAUCAAGGAACGGGCAUGUCAAAGUCAUUAAGGCUCUCUUGGCAUCCGAACCCGCGAUCGCAAUAAGGAUGGACAAGAAGGGCCAAACAGCCCUUCACAUGGCGGUUAAAGGAACAAAUGUUGAGGUCGUGGAGGAGCUUAUCAAAGCGGAUAGGUCUUCUAUCAAUAUAGCCGACACAAAGGGAAACACAGCGUUGCACAUUGCAGCCCGAAAAGGCAGAUCUCAGAUUGUUAAGUUGCUAUUAGCCAACAACAUGACAGACACAAAAGCUGUUAACCGAUCAGGCGAAACCGCACUUGACACAGCAGAGAAAAUUGGGAAUCCAGAAGUGGCUCUUAUCUUACAGAAACAUGGUGUUCCCAGCGCCAAGACCAUUAAGCCAUCUGGGCCUAACCCUGCUCGGGAGCUGAAACAAACCGUAAGCGAUAUCAAGCAUGAGGUUCACAACCAGCUUGAGCACACACGUCUGACCAGAAAACGUGUUCAAGGAAUUGCCAAACAGCUUAACAAAAUGCACACAGAAGGUCUUAACAAUGCAAUAAACUCAACUACUGUUGUAGCUGUUCUUAUUGCUACGGUCGCUUUUGCAGCAAUUUUCACUGUCCCAGGGCAGUAUGUAGAAGACACAAGUAAAAUUCCAGAUGGGCAUUCCCUUGGGGAGGCGAAUAUUGCAUCGACGACUCCGUUCAUAAUAUUCUUCAUCUUUGAUUCGAUCGCACUCUUCAUCUCCUUAGCGGUUGUGGUGGUUCAGACAUCAGUGGUGGUAAUAGAGAGCAAGGCCAAGAAACAGAUGAUGGCUGUGAUAAACAAACUCAUGUGGCUUGCCUGUGUUCUCAUCUCUGUUGCCUUUUUGGCUUUGUCGUUUGUUGUUGUUGGUGAAGAAGAGAAGUGGCUAGCCAUUGGGGUGACUGCUAUUGGGGCAACUAUAAUGAUCACGACGUUAGGAACGAUGUGCUACUGGAUAAUACAGCACAAGAUCGAAGCUGCCAAUUUAAGAAACAUUAGAAGAUCCUCCAACAGUAAAUCUGGAUCCUGGGGGAUUCCCCAGCUUACGGAUUCUGAUAUUCUCCAGAACGAGUGUAAGAAAAUGUAUGCAAUCUGACUUUGACGAUACUCGAUCCGUUUUCACAUUUAUGUACACGGCAAGAACUUGAUGUACCUUUUUCUGACUUGAUUCAAUGAGUUGAUCCGGGUGAGGCACUGGUAUUGAGGAGUUACCUGAGAUGCUUUGAACAGGAGAAAUCAAAUAAGGAUUAGAGC